AGAAGCCUGACAUAUCCAGCACUUUAUGCUAGAAAGGUGCCUCAUACACAACCAUGGAUAAAUUGGGUAACAGUGCAUUUACCUUCAGCGGAGAUUAUUUAUCUGACAUAUUUUUGGGGAACACCAGCUUCUCCCCUGACUACUACAACGAGAGUGACACCUGCUGCUCUGUGCCACCCUGCACCUCCAAGAGCAUCCAGGCCUUUGACAGGGUCUUCCUGCCAGUCCUCUACAGCCUGCUAUUCCCACUGGGGCUAUGCGGGAACUGCAUGGUGAUGGCUGUGCUACUGCAGUGCAAGAGGUCCCUGGCUGGGACCGACGUGUUCAUCCUCAACCUGGCGCUCGCCGACGUACUGCUGGUGGUGACACUCCCCUUCUGGGCAGUGCAGGCCGUGCACGGCUGGGUCUUCAGCACUGGCAUCUGCAAGCUGGUCGGCUCCAUCUUCAAGAUAAAUUUCUACUCCAGCAUCUUCUUCCUGGUGUGCAUCAGCUUCGACCGGUACCUCUCCAUCGUCCAUGCCGUGCACAUGUACAAGAGGAACAAGUCGCAUCUGAUGGUGGCCAGCUGCCUGGUGGUCUGGGGCAUCUGUGUCCUCUUAACUGUGCCAGAUUUCCUGUACCUGGAAGUCAAGAAGGACUAUCGCCUCAACAUCACUUUGUGCUCCCACAACUUCUCCAUCAGCACCUCCCUGCACUGGAAAACGGCCCUGCGCAUGUGCUACCACAUGUUGGGCUUCUUCCUGCCCCUAGCAGCCAUGCUGUACUGCUACACCUGCAUUAUUCACACUCUGCUGCGCUCCCAGGGCUUCCACAAGCACAAGGCCAUGCGGGUCAUCCUGACAGUGGUGGUGGUUUUCUUCGUGUGCUGGACGCCCUACCACCUGGCCCUGCUGGCAAACACGCUGAUCGACCUGCAGGUGGUGGGGCGGGACUGUGCCAGGGAGGCCAGCCUGGACAUCGCCAUGUCUGUCACUGCCAGCCUGGGCUACUUCCACUGCUGCCUCAACCCCCUGCUCUACGCCUUUGUUGGCAUCAAGUUCCGCAACAAGUUCCUGGAGCUGCUGGGCCACGUGGGCUGCGUGAGCCACGAGUUCCUGCGCAGACACGUACAGACACCGAGCCAGCGCAGGGAUUCCACCUGGUCGGAGACCACUGAGGCCUCCUACUCAGGGCUCUAGGGGGAGCUGGGGCUGCAAGGGGCAAACCCCUUCCCAAAGAGGUGUGGGGGAGCUGGGGCUGCAAGGGGCAAACCCCUUUCCAAGGGGGCAGGGAAGGGGUGAAACGUUCCCCAAGGGGCAGGGAAUGGGAGACAAGCAGUCACUAUAAUCAUAGCCAGACACAGCCAGACACCUGUGGUUACCCAGCCUCCUGUGCAGCUCACCACAAGCAGGAGUGCAGGAGCGGAGAGACUCAGAAUGAGCUGGGAAGAAACAGUAGCAGAUUUCUGAGGGGUUGGCGCGAUCGCCAAAUCUCUGUGGAUUGUAGGUGCAGGUGCCAGAGGGUGUACACGUGGUUUCUGAGCAGGCCAUGGGUCUGUCCCUUCCUCUAAAUCAGUUACCAGGUGCCAAGUGCUGAGCCGUUUCAGUCAAUGCAGUGAGGCUGCAUUGUCAGGAGCUUCAGAUCAUCAUAACAAGAGAAUCUGGAAGUCUCUACUGAGGAUAUUAGUCUGGCAGGGACAGAUGGGGCCAGGUCCUGCAGCAGGGGCAAGCCAAUGCUGCAAUCUAACAUCCCCGGUACAUACUGGCUGCACACAACAAAGGGACUCACUGAUCUCCGCCAAAAACAGCACUUGGAUCAGAGUCCCUGACUCAGCCCAGUGUUCACUCCUCCAACACCCUCCCUGCUCUCUGCACCCCUUAUGCUUACAACGAUAGCCCCACUAUUUGUCUGACAGUAGCAUCUAGGAGCUCUAAUCAUGGAGGCGGCCCACAUCAAGCAAGGCACCGUACAAACAACAGAACAAAAACAGGCCCUGCCCCACCGGCCAAUGACUUUCCUCUUCCAGUUCAAGUCCUUGCUGAGACAUUCACAACCAAACACACACCCAGCCCUACAUAACCUCCCACAAACACACACAUUCCUCACAGCCCCACACCUCCCCCAAACACACUCAUCUCCCCCAACUCCCACUCCCCACUGCCCCCAAUACGCACACCCAAAUAAUGGCAAGGGGCAAUCCCCAUGCUGCUUGGUAGCGCAACAACCCUUGGUGUGUUAGACCCAUCCUGUCUAACUGAGAGGGUGAGCUCUGUGGAGCCAUAACACCGUCUGCAUUUGUGCACCCCCCUGAGCCCCCUCCCCACCCCCUUCCCCCCCGAUCAAGGUGUCUCGGCGCAGCCUCCCCAGACUGUUCCGCCCCUGGCAAUUGCUGCAUUAACACUUAAGCGAAGCUUUUUGCUGCGAGAAUAAUCUGUGUUCUCUAGCCAAACUGAGCAUUAUUGAGAGCACCCCCUGCACCCUUCCCUUCUCUGUCCCUCGUCCCAUGGGGCAGGGUUACUCUGCACAGGCCCCCAGCAGUACUGAGAGUAGAAGCAUCAGCUUGUAACCCAGGCAACAGUGACUUUGCUCCCGGUUCAGACUGUGUUUGUAUUUCAUUAACAAAUGCAAACAGGCUUCAGCCUGUGCUGAGCAAAGGAGUCCCUGCAGGUGACUCCCUCCUGCCCGCCCCUGGGGUGAACAGGGAUGAUUCUCACUGGCUGUUUGCCCAGUCUUAGGAAGGAUACCCAAUAGGCAGACAAAGAUAACUCAGGGCUGCCAUUCUGUGCAAACUUCUCCAGCUGUGGGGAAAGGAUCCAGGAAUGGCAACUAUCAGGGACUCUGCAUCUCUCAAGGAUGUGGGAACACUCCAGGAGAGCAUGAUGCUGCAACAGCAUGAACACAGACACAUUAGCAAUGUAAGGAGAGCAGUGGGGUGAAGGUGAAGCAGCAUAAGAAACUCCACAGCCACCCAAAGCCCAGUAGGGGUCUCCUCUCCUAUCGGGGCAAUCACUUUAUAUUCUAGUGCUUUGUAGCAUUUGCUCCUGCUUGAAAGGUUAUUUCAUAUGACUCGUAUGUUGCACUUUCACAGAGGUUUAUAUUUUCUUGUGCAUUUUAU